GGGAUUUCUAGGACUUACAUUUGGACAGGAGGUAGAACUGGUCUAGAUGCAACGGUGGUCUAUGAUGACUGUUGUGUAUCUCGUUGCACGAUAUGUUGCAGUAGGAUUCUCCGUGAUCGUGAUUUUGCGCCUUACCAUGUACGAGGCACUGGAAUGCAUGGGCGAUGUUGUAGAUAUAAUGCUAGGCGUCAUCAUGAUUGCUCGCUUGCAUGCCAUGUAUCGGCGAUCCAGAAAGGUGCUAAUAUUUCUCGUUGUCAUCUUCCUGGCCAUCAGAAUCGCCGUCGCAGUGAUGGUCGCAAUACAGCUGAUGCAUGCCUCAGGGGAGGAACUUGUUCUCUCCGGCAAUUUUCUGUGCAUCAUUAACCUUGCGGGAGAUUCCCUAUUUAUGGGUCCCACGACAUGGAUACUUGGCAUUGUAUGGGAGGUCCUUGCAUUGUGUCUCGCAGUCUGGAUUGCUGUAAAGCACUUUCGUGAACUGCGACAACACUCAUCAGGAGGUAUCAUCGGGGACUGUUUCAUGAUGUUAAUUCAAACUCACGUUAAUUACUUUGCGAGCUUUGUUGUUAUUGCUUGCCUCUAUGUUGCUCAAUUGUCUCCAAUGCUCUCAGCGGACGAACUGUCUUUGGACGUUCAGAUUUAUGAUGGUUUCGCUCAAAUCUUGUACAUGGUACAGCUGUCUGUGCUGGGACCACGCCUUAUCCUCAGUGUUCGAGAAUAUUAUGCGAAACUUGUGGCCGACUCUGAUACAGCAACGGCUAUGACUUCGAUUGUUUUCCAGGAAUGCGUCCAUGUGGAAACUAGCUGUAGCGUGUAGCGCAGGACAUUCUCGAUAUGAUUGCUUUGAAAUGGGCAGGUAGUCUGCAGAGAGUGGGAGAAUUUGUUUUUAUGUAUUCCAGGUUCUGUUGUGGUACUUAUUUAAGUUGUUUAUUGCUGCGAUAUAUAUAUAUAUGCCGUACAGGAGCACUUGAC